CUGCAGCUUCAGCAUAUGCACAUGGGCCGCACUGACAUCCUCCACGCCUACCGGCACCUGUAUCGCAGCGGCCUGCGAGCUGUUCACUAUUCGUAUCCUGCUCGUUGGGAAAUCCGAGACAUAUUGAGAGACUGUUUCCGCUCCCAACCUGAGGCGGCUUUCAAUGCCCGACGGAUCAGCAACACAUUGGGAUUUCUAGAAAAAGCACGCGUAUACAAUGGUACUGAGCAUAAAAUCUUGAAAAAUCUACUGCAUGUGAAGUUCUGGAAAAAUAAAGGCCUCAACCAUUAUUUAAUGAAGCAAUCGAAUGCCGACUAUGCGAUUGCCACGAGACGCAAUGUUUGGCGACAGUAUCAGGCCACCUUGACAAUGCUGAACGAGAGCCUGGACAUCUGCCUGCAGCUUGGAGCUGAUAUCAAGUAGAGCCAAAACCAGGUGCACUUCUCGACAAGCCUCCUCAUAUUUGCAUCAUCGAUAACUACAAUCGACUUGUUCGCCUCCUUCCGGUGGCUGUCGAGGGUAUCCUGCCGUGACUUAGGAUUCCAAGCUCACGGUCGACAGAACUGUCAGUGUCGUGUCUGUGAAUAGUCACGAAGACGCUGUGGUCGUCAGAAGAAUGGGAGAACAUCAGUCUAACGUGCUUUUGGGCUAUACCAUAUCACGAUCGGCUGAGAAUCCACAAAGCACUGAUUCCUAUGUGUGUAUCGACUAAUCACCACACUGAUCCUUGGCCUCUCCAAAUCCUUAAAGGGUGUUCCUGCCCAUAAACUCCCUCGGUAACAACAUGAUUGCAAUUGUACAAACCCAUACACUUCCACCAGCCAAGUAUAACACGCCAUCAAGACUCCUUGCUAGCAUCUGUGAGCCAGCAAUAGGUGCAAUGAUCGAGAAAGACCGGCCCCAGAAACUAGCCAAUCCACACGCCGAUCCUCUCACUGAGGCUGGGAACACUUCUGGAGUCCAGCCAUACAAAAUCGCAUUGAACAUACUCUGGAAGAAAUACUCCAAGCCGCUGAUUCCAAUGUAUGAUGCUUCAUCCUUCACAACGGUGAAAAUGAACAGACACGCGCCGAACAAUAAUGAGGACGCGAGCAGGGCAAGUCGUCUCUGCCCAUAUAUCAGGGUUCCAGCAAGCACUCCUGGAAUGCCGCAAACAUAGAUGAACAAAUACGACCGAUACGUCUCAUCCACAGUGAGGCCCAGGCUUCUCCCCUUUCUCGACAGAAUUGUUGGUAGAAAUGCGCCUGCGAUAGUAAAUCCCCAGUAAUCAAAGGCAUAAAUCACCCAGACAAGCACAACGAGCCUUGCCAUUGCAAAGGUCGAGAACAAUACCUUGAACCGCCCAAAUUCAGCAAGAAUCUUCUGUGAUACACUCCGCUUCUGUUCUUCCAUCCCAGUCCCGGGCAAUGGCGUGUCCAUAUCGUCCAUAUUAGCCUCGCCGUUCAAUGCCUCCAGCAUAUCCAGCGUCAGGCCACAUUCCCGGCCGUUGUAUUUUGCCAUGUACUCCAACACUCGUACAGCAUCUUGAUCUCGGCCACGAUACACCAAGUACUUUGGACUCUCUUCAAACUUGAACACUAAGCUCCUGAGUACAAAAGC